AUGGUCCUCGCCGUCGAUUUCUCCAUGUUCGAUACGACGAACGCCAAGCUGUCAAAGUCGGCCGACUCCUUAGAGUCCGCUCUUGCCCAUUUCGGCAAGAACGCGUCUGGCCUCGUUGACAGCGUCAACGACAUGUUCGUCGCUCCCGCCGCCAACGCCGUCAACGGCUUUGACGAGUGGCUCGCCGCCGACCUGUCCUUCGCCGCCCUCUCCAGUGACGAGUCCUCCAUCUCCUCGAGCCCCUUUUCUACCCUCGAGGACUCCCCAGUCCUCGGCUUUGAUUCCUUCGGCUCUGCCAUGGGUCCCUCGCUCUUCGACAUGUCCAUGGCCUUCCCCGCCAUCGACUCGACUGCUUCGCCCGUCGCUGCUGUUGCUGCCUCCCCCGUGAUGCCCGUCUUGACGUCCACGGCUGUUCAGCAAGCCGCUGCAGCCCUCAACAUCCCCUGGUCGGCCGAGCUUGAGUCCGCCGUCAUGGCCCAGGCUGCUCUCGGUGCCGCCUCCCCAUUGGCUGUCGCGGCUCAGCCCGCUGCCUCGCCCGAGGUCGAAGCUGUUGAGGCAGAGUUCUCCUCUUCGACCGUGUCGACGCCCGCUGUCUCUCGUGAGGUCUCGGUGGCUCCCGAGGUUGCCGCCGUCGUUGGCGCUCCCGCACCUGUUGCUCCCAAGCCCAAAUCCAAGAAGCGUCGUCUGACGCCUGAGGAGGAGGCCGCGGAGGUGGUUGCCAAGCGCGCCAAGAACACGGAUGCUGCUCGCCGCUCUCGCAUGAAGAAGCUGAUCAAGCUGGAGGGUCUCGAAGCCAAGGUCUUUGACCUUGAGUCUGCUAACAGUGACCUUAACAUGCGCAUUGCGAUCCUCGAGACUGAGAAGAGCGGUUUCCUUGCUAAGGAAGCCGAGCAGGCCGCUCGCAUUGCCCAACUUGAGGCCCAGCUUGCCGAGGCCCAUACUACCCUCUCGAGCCGUGCUUAA